AUGAUUCCGUCCGAGGUCACCUUGCAGGAGUUGACUUCUGCUCCUUAUCUUGGCCGCGGAGCCGCGGCCAACAUCCUCGCGCAACCUCUUGGCUCCAAUCAAAUAAUUUUCAUCGAGGUCAACGACUUCCCCGGUGCUGGAGAUUACGAGAAUAACGAAAACGGUGCCUGGGUACCACGAUUUGUCGAGACGUCAAAUAGGCUGCCGUCUGCUCUCCCUCCGUCCGAGCUUGAUUCGGUGCAACAAAGACAUCAUGAGCUUGCCUUGGCUGCUGGUUUUUGCAAUGCCAUGCUGCAUAUCGAGGCCAAGCUGCGCAACUCGAGCUGGCACUAUGCAAUGGAUUCUGAUGCACACGGACUUGACGACCUGCAACUCAAAACAUCGACAACAACCACGACACAGCCAAAGGAUGUCUUCCCAAUUGAAAUUAAUUCCUGCCCACCAGGUUGGCAAGAAGUCGAAGUUACCGGACGUACACACGGUGCAUCUUAUUAUAGUCUCUCCCUUCCGAAUGCCUUGGGCGAUAAAUAG